AUGGAAAUUCUUCAAUGGUAUUCUCACAUUGUAUCGCUUUUUGAUCAAUUUUUCUAUCUUGCUGUCGUAUUUUUUCUUUCAUAUUUAGCAUUUCAGGUUUCAGAAAUGAUGAACGAAAACCCGUUUCCUCUACACAAGUUCAAUGUUGUUGAACUCAGAGCGAUUUUUAAGCAUUUGUCAUUGGACGAUAUCGUUCAACUGUCAUUCACUUCGGACGACAUCAGAAAUGCAUUGGGCGAAGUGAGCUUGCCAAUUUCGGCUGUGGAGAUUUUCUACAGUCCGAGGAAAUCGUCUAUAAAGCUGAAAUCCGAGAAAGGUGACAUUCUCUGGACGGAUCGUUAUCCAAAUACCCCCAUGACGUUUGUGGGAGAGAUAAAAAUCGGUCGCAUUUCUUUGAAAUGCAUGAAAAGCGGCGAUGGAUUCCACACUCGUCUCACCGACAUUGGACAAGGCGUAUUCACCGCUCUCACAUAUUUCACAGAUAUUUUCAAUUUUAAGAACGCGGCUAUUAGUGAGCUCGCUCUUGACCUAAGUAUUGUUCCGGAUAGCAGAAUUGUCUGUUCUCAAUUCACUGCAUUCACAAGUAUCGAACGUCUUGCCGUUCAUGAAAGUAUCAGAGAUGAAGAUGCUGAAAAGGCGUUUGCGCUCAAUUUCGGUUGGAUUAUGAAAAACUUGAAACCCAAGGAGAUAUACAUCGGCGUUGAAAUUAUGGAACCCGUGCUAACAAAGAGAAGAGGUCGCUUUGACAUACAUGAAAUGCCGAGAAGAUUCGAACAGGUAUGCGAUGGUACAAUAACGCCAUCUACUUCUUUUUUCCAGAUUUUCGACCUCGAUCACAUAUGUGUGAAAUACUCCGAGUGGAUAACAGAAAAGGAUUUCUUCAACCUCAAUGUUAAAACAGCAAUUUUGAUGAACAGCUCUUUGUCUGAAACAUCAAUUAAUAAAUUUAUCAAAAAAUGGCUGGAGUCAGACCUUGAUAGACUGAAUUGGAUGGAAGUUAAACUGCCCGACAGAAGUUUUCAACAAGAGGAGAUUCUAGAAGGUUUGGAUGUUGAAGAUGACACAUAUCGUCUAGAAAAUACUAGAUGCUCUUGCCCGUUCCGAAGAUUCGAGACCGUUGAAAGUGUUCCAUUCGAGUUCCCGACAGCCUCAAAAAAGGUUACACGUGAUUCUGAUUCAACUAUCGCCACAAUUUCGAUCAUCCGCGAUACGUUCUUCUUUCAUGUCAGAAACGAUGGCCCAGUAACUCCACCAGUCCCACCUCCACCGCCUGAGCAACCUGAGCAACUUGCGCAAUUUGAACAGGGGGUAGUAGAAAGAAUAAUGAGAAGAGAUCCAGACGAAGAUGGAAGAGAGCCAGACGAAGAUGAAUUCCAAGUAGACGAGGACGGAGAUGAAGUAGAUAUUUUCAACUUUCUACAAAUUCAGGAAAACGAAAGGAAUGAUCCGAUGGCAUUUUUCCAUAGACAUCAGGCUAUUAGAAGACUCCAAAGAAGACGAAAUCAACAAAAUUAG